ACAGAUAGCGAAGCGUUUGGUAGAGUUGGGAAAUUUUGACUUUGCCAAAAACAAGAAGGAAGUGUCAGUUCACAAUCGUGUUUUCCGUUUCGAGCAUGACAAAGGCCCCUUACUGCCCGGUCUCCGCUUCCGUUCAAUAAUCCAGUACAGGGAAUUGAGGGUGGGUCCAUGGCAUUUGACUUGUAAAAUUCCGAAUUCAUGUAUCUAUCUGAAGGAUAUGACUGUCUUUUGCAUAGAAAACAUUAUUAAAACAGAGAACAACUCUUUAUUUAUUGGUCGGCGAUUCAAUCAAACAAGUGAUCUCUACUCUUAUCCUAUUAGAUCUUCUUGUUACCACAUCUAUUCUGUAAGUCUUUUAUCUGAUCGCUUAGAGGCCUUGCCAAUAGAUUUGUUUCAAGUAAAAGCUGUUCAACUUCCUAUUCCUUCACGAAAUGGAUCUUUUGCAGUAUUUCCUUUGCAUUUUGAAAAUCACCAUUAAGUUUAAUGAAUUAAUGUAGUAUUUUGUAAAUUUUUUGAAACCUUUUUUAGCCUAAAUUUGCAAUUGUCGAGGAAAUCACUGAAGAUGUUGAUGAUGUUGACAAGUGGGUGGAAGUUGUAUGUGAGAGUUGGUUUGAUGGUGAAUACUGUUUAUUUCCUCCGAAAAGCAAAGAAAAAUAUAUUACGACUUAUGUAAAAACAUGUCAUCAACCAGACUCAAGUUGGGUCAAAUAUCCUGCAAAAUUAAUCAAAACAUAUGCAUCUUACGAUGAAGCAAGACAAAAACUCAAUAAAGCAGUUAAGGGGGAUGAUCUGUGUACAACCGACGCAGAUAAAAGGAAAAAAACCAGAAAAUCGCGAAUGUCAAAAUUUUCCCGAGAAGAUAAAAAUGAAGAUGAUGACAUGGCAAUCAAUCGUUCAAAGAAAACAUCUUUUAAAAGAAUUCGGCAAUUCCCGGCUAGUGGCAGCGAAGACGAAAUGGCGAAUUCUCCUGUUCCGCCAAAACCACCAGCAAUUGCAUUAGCCAAUACCAAGCUUUCCUCACAAAGCAAUCUACAAUCUCAACGUUCUUGCAUCAAAAGAACAAAAAGUUUGCCAUCAAACAGUAAGAAGCCAACCAGAAAUGAGAAUGUGAGAUGCUUUCCUGAAAAGCAAACAGGUUUGCGAGAUACAACUAGCAAGCCAAAUGACUCGUUUAAAGACGACAGCGACAUACUUUCGUUUUCAGAUCGAACUCAUCAUUUUUCCACCCGAUAUCGUCCUGUAAAUUACGGGUAUUCUGUUCCAGAAUUUGGAGAUGAAGGCGAAUUUCAGUUAAUGGACACUGAUUUGAACCAGUCAAACAGUGAAAAUCCAGCAAACACCAGAAUUAAUCAUGCGAGACAUGGAUCUGAAAAGCAUAGUUUGCAACCUAAUACGUCCAGCAACAGCAUUGACACAAUUGAAGAUGAUGGCCAAGCUGUGCAUUUUUCUACUAGACAUCGUCCAGUAAAUUACGGUUACUCUGUUCCAUCAUUAAGCGAUGAAGAAGACUCUACGGACACUUGGACUUCUGCUAUGGAACCUGAGAAAGCAAAAACCAAAUCGUUUCAUGAAAGUGACACCAAUCAUUCAGUUACUAAAGCAAAAUUAGCGCUGUCAUCAACAAGUAUGGCAGGUAGGGCAAUUUUCUUCAGAUUUUUCGUAUCAAAUGGAAUAUAA